GCGUUAAUUCUUCCUCUGUCACUUUACAUAAGAAAUGACUUGUGGAGAAAUUGAGACACAGAGAAUGUCGCAAUUUGGAGGAUGCUAAACGACAUAAUCAGAAGAAGUUUAAAAGUUUUGAUGAACGACAUCAUCAACGAAGUCAAACAACGUCAUAUAACACUAUAUAGAUAGAUACCAUAAUAUCAUUGAUUUAUUAUAAAAGUGAUUACCCGAAUCAAUCCACUAAUUAGAGAUAUAUUUGUACAAAGAAACUUAUCACAGGUCAAAGAAAUAAAUACUGUUACUACUCAUCAUAUACACAAACAUACCACAACAUGACAAAUAUAGAUCUUCAUGAAAUAUCAGAAGUAACCACUAAACCCCAUUCCUUCAAACAAAACCCGAAACGACCAAAACCGCCAGCAAGAAGAUAUAAACCACUUAAACAAUUAAUCAGUGAUGAAGUCAAACAUUUACAAACGAAUCAUCCUGAUUUAUCAGUGAAUACGCCCACAUAUCAAUCGAUUGUAUCACCUCCCAGUUUAAAACCUCAAAAGGUAUAUUGUGAUAUCACUGGGUUGAUUGGUCCCUAUAAGAAUCCGGCUAAUUCUUUACGAUUCCAUAAUGUGGAGAUAUAUCAAGAAGUUAUAAAGAAUAUGCCAAGUGGGGUUGAUCAAGAGUAUUUGGAAUUAAGAGGUGCCAACGUCAUCUUGAAGUAAGUGAAGUAACGUUUUGUAUAGAAUUAUGUAUAUUAGUAUUAC